GACGGCGCAGGGCGGUGCUCCGGCUUGUGUAGUACGUGUGCUUCACAGCAGUUAGCUUGUGUUCAGUAAGCUAACGCUACAGCUGAAUUUAAAUCAGAAUCAUGGUGCUACUUGAAAAUGAUUCGUUCCUCACAGAGCUCACGCGGCUCUUUCAGAAGUGCAGAGCAUCUGGCAGUGUCGUCAUCACACUAAAGAAAUAUGACGGGAGGACCAAGCCAACGCCUCGAAAGGGCCACUCAGACUCAUUUGAACCAGCAGACAACAAAUGUCUCAUUAGAGCUUCUGAUGGCAAGAAGAAAAUUAGCACAGUGGUCAGCACAAAAGAAGUAAUCAAGUUUCAAAUGGCGUACUCCAACCUCCUCAGAGCUCACAUGGAUGGACUUAAGAAGAAAGAUAAGAAAAGCAAAAGCAAGAAAACCAAAGCCACUCAAUGAGCAACAGACUCUGUAACACAAGCCUGGGUACAUAACACUGGCCUGUACUAUCUGAGGUAAAGGGAAAGGCCUCUACUUGGUCUGUGGUCCCACCCGGCUUACUUCCUGUUCACCUGAGGCCUCAAACACUGUUCAUCCACCAGGUGACUGCUUUGAUAUCACGCCAUUGUUUGCAUGGUUAAGUCUCAUCCUCAGCUGCUCGGGGGCAGCGGUGAUUUGGAACAGAAAAACUUGAGGAUAUCUCAUUCAGGAAGAAGUCAGCUUUAUUGAAACUCCACCAUAUCUGCUUCAGAAUCAGGCCAUCAACAGCUGUGUCACAUCUGGAGUCAAAUCCAUGGAGCCCAAUCGUUCGCUGCCUUUCUUGCUAUUUAAUUGUUAGGGUCCCUAUUUAUGUUAUAUUGACAGCUGAUCUGUUGGCUGUGCUGCCAUAUUUUCAUUUGUCGGGGUCUUGAGUAUAAUGUUUAGUUUGUCCAGUCAUUGGAUUUUUUAAAAAUUGAAAUCAAAGUCUGCUCAGAUGUUUUUUUCCCAGUUUACUGUACUUGAUAUUGGGAAUGAAAAUGAGCUUUUCCUUUUUAUUAUAGAAAAACAAACAAUCAUACUUUACUUCCUCAUUUUGUGCCACCCAGUUGUCAGGUUGGCUAUUUAGAAAUUGUAAAGAUAUUCUGAAUUAGUUAUAUGAAAAAAAAAAGGUUCAAAGCUGUAAAUUUACUGUAAAGCAUGUUUGAGUAGUGAAUGCAAACACUAAGAAUCUGCUGUAACUCUAAUAAGGUCAUUUCUUUUCAUCACAAUGCAGAUUUAAGUGCAGCUAGAACAUUUUGGCAACCCUUUGUACCAUCUUGUUAAUCUCCUGAGGCCUGCAGAGGGAUUUAA